UAUUAUAUUUUUUUGUGUUGUCGUGAUUAUGAGGUCUAGACAGCACUCUGAGUUGUGUAGAAUUCCAGUCUCCACUUUGCUCACUAAAAUUCCUUUAUGAAAAUUAUUAUUUCUUCCUUGGAUAAAAUCCUUUAUGUUUCAUCUUGCCCUUCUCUGAUUAACUUCCAGCAAAUUUGUGGAACAAUAUUGCCUCUGCAUGUUGCCAAAUUGCAUAGCCGAUUCUGCUUUUCAUGUAAUUACGUGUGAUUUUUGAAAAGUAAUAAGCAGAAAUUUCUAUUUAACAUUUAAAAUAAUUUUGACCGGCAACAUUGCGUAUCACUCACUAUUCCGGAAGAGAUCGAAAAUCUUUUGAAUGCAGAACGUCUUGUCUCUGUUAUGGGCACUUUAAAUUCAUUAAAUAUCAUUUUUGCCUAAUUUUGUUUGCGAUCUCUUUUUACCACUGAUCUUUUCUUUUUGCUAGAUCCAUAUCUAUCCUUAUCGUUUCCAUCCUUAUCAUUUCUAACCGCACUUUGUGUUUACUUUGGUCCUGUCAAUGUUUUAACAGUUAGAAACUUUCACUAGAAUUUUAAAUAGCUGCUGGCUGAAUCAGGCUGAAUAUAUGUAACAUUCAUUAACGUUAAGGAAACAAGUUCUAUACUGGAAUGUGUUACACCUAAUGCCAUGACAGAGAUAUUUAAUUAGACUUCCAUAUAAUGCUAGUGUUUUUUAGUAGUGGGGUCAUCAGUCUUUUCGCUGCAUAUUUGUGCGAUUCUUAGCAUUCCACACGCAUUACUCAUAUUACCUAGUUUAUUUAAAUUAUAUUUGAAUUUAUUCAAGUGUUUUCUGUGUCACAACUAAAUAUACCUACAUAAAUUCAAUGGCACAGUAGAACAGUGGAAACAUUAGCUUACAAUGCCGGAUAGUGUUGAAUCAAACUUGAUUAAAGUCCUCAAUGGAUUACCGUUGGUUGGUGAAGAAGCAGAGAUAUGUGAUUUUUCUUUGGAAGAACAAAAUGAAGCUUUGGAGUCCCAAGGAAUUCAACCCAAUGUUGACCCACACUAUAAGCCAAUUGUAGGCGAAACAGUAACCUACAUUGUAGCCUGCGUGAUUUUCAAUCAACAUAAUGAUGUUUUAAUGAUACAGGAAGCAAAAGAAUCAUGUGCUGGAAAAUGGUAUUUGCCAGCUGGUAGAAUGGAGAAAGGGGAAACGAUUGUGGAAGCUUGUAAAAGGGAGGUACUGGAAGAAACUGGAUUAGAAAUUGACUGCACUACAAUUUUAAUGGUGGAAAGCGCUGGUGGCGUCUGGCUAAGAUUUGUGCUGACUGGUAAAGUGAUUGGAGGCACCCUCAAAACACCAGCACAAGCUAACAGAGAAUCACUCCAAGCUAAAUGGGUAUCGAAUUUAGACGAACUCUCAUUACGUGCCUCUGAUAUAAUUGAGUUGAUUGAAAAGGCCAGAUCGUAUGUGCAUGCACGUAAAACCAGGGACCCUACUUGGCAUCUAGAUCAACUUCCGUCUUUAAGAGCGUAUGCCCACCUUCUUCUACGUUUAGUUAUUGUAAUUAAAAAAAAGGCAACGAACCGAGUUCACAUUUUGCUGAGCGAACGCACCUCGUGGCAUCUACCAACAUGCCAAAUUAAUCCUGGAAAAAGUUUCCAUUCGACUUUACGAAAGUUCAUGGUCGAUUUGUUUGGGGCCGAAGUGCCUACUCACAAACCGCAUGGACUGCUCUCGAUCGAACAUGAUGCAAGAGAUGGUAAAGAUGGUGUGUGCUUAACACUGUUAGUUUCAUUUCGAGCACCUUUAGAAGAGGUGCCAAUAAUAGGAAAAUGUGUUUGGCAUGAAGUUUCAAAAGAGUUGGGUGAUAAACUAUUGCAAAGAGUUGUAUCACGAAAUGCCACAUUCCAAUUUCACGUUGUUAAAUAAUUUGGAGUUAGACACCCGAAUUAAAUUUUCCAAAAACAUUUGUUGAUAUUUAACAUAAUUUUUAUUUGUUAUGCGUGGUGAGUAUUAUUUUACUAACUUGAGAGUUUUUCAUAAUAAAAAAGUGUUUUGACAUAGACUGACACUGUACCCAAUCAACUUUAUGCUCAAUCGAAGGAACUUGCCGUUGAUAUAUAUCUAUAGCGUGGUUAUAACACAGCCACGUGUAAUCUGUUAUUUGAUUAUACUACAUAUAUAUUUUAUUUAUUCUCA